UAGUUUUAAUUAAGUGUUAAAUAAAUGAGUAAAUUUUUAACUCUUCUUCCAUUUAUUUGUUAUUCAAUCAAAUUAGUCAAUUCCAAGAAGAAAAAAGUGGUAUCUAAUUAAGUUAUUUUUAAAGAAAAAAUCACUGAUUUUUUCCUAACGAAGAAAAAGGGUGUUAAGUUAAAGAAAAAAAAUUGCAUAGAUGUGGGAAGAAAUUAUGUAAAGGAAUGUUUUUUUUUUGCAUUAAUCGAUAUUUAGUUUGUUUGAGUUUCCAGGCAUUAAUGCCACAUCUAUUUCAGUGAAAUAAAAUCAAUACAUAAUCUAGUAAUGUGUCUAAUAAUAUAGUGAAAAUUUAUAUUAUUAUAAUAUUUUCCAUCAAAUUUGAAAUGUGUACGGAGAUUUUUCCGCGCAUCUGAAAAAUAAAAGUAUCUACAUCCAUGACAGCUGUAUCUAUUAUAGCUUUUGAGAUUCAGGAUUUGUCUCUUGCUUUCACUGCCAGCAACUACAACAACAACAACAACAACCAAAAACAUUGGAAUACCUCGCCUUUGCAAGACCGUCAAAUCAAAAAAAAAAAUAAUAAAGAAAUCAAAUUCGUCUGUAACUUUACCUUACUCAACUUUAACCUAAAACUUGCAUUUACUUAUUAAAAAGGACCGUGGACCAUGCAAGCGACAAAUACUGACGAUGAAGCUCCUAAAGACCCGCGAAUAUGCCAGCCAGAUUUCCAACUGGAGUUCUCAGAAAAAGACUUCCAAGGACAUAGAGCACAUUCUGUGUUCGUUGGUGUUCAUGUGCCAGGAGGAGGCCGAAGACACUCACAUCGCAGACAAAAGAGGCAUCACAAAGAAAAUGGCGAAAAACUUCCAGACACUGAAGCAGAUAGGCCAAUUACACCACCAGCACAACGUGUCCAAUUUAUACUUGGAGAAGAUGUCGAUGAUGGCACACACGAGUCACAUCCUCUAUUCUCCGAAAUGGAGGAGCUCGUCAAGGAGGGUGACGAAAUUGAAUGGAAAGAAACGGCACGUUGGAUUAAAUUUGAAGAAGAUGUCGAAGAGGGUGGCAAUCGGUGGUCAAAGCCUCAUGUAGCCACACUAUCAUUGCACUCGCUAUUCGAGCUGCGAAGUCUCAUUAUGAACGGCACCAUUAUUCUAGAUAUGGAAGCAAGCAAUUUAGAAACUAUUGCUGAAUUAGUGUGUGAGAAUAUGGUCAAUGCUGGUACUUUGCCACCCCAGUCAAGAGAGAAAGUCAAAGAUGCCCUUCUGAGACGUCAUCGACAUCAGCAUGAAACUAAGAAUAAAUCAAAAAUGCCAAUUAUUCGAUCGUUGGCUGAAAUUGGGAAAAAUCAUUCAUCGUCAAAAAAAAAAAUUUAUAUGAAAAAAUAUAAAUUAGACCUCCAACAAGCCAAAACUGCAUCGCCACACACAUUGCAUCCAACAGCCUCAUCUUCGGGACUUAAUGCAGGACGAUUAUCGCCAGGUCCACAAACUUAUGGCCCAAAUAGAGAUCAACGAGGUUGUUAUCUGGCGGUUCCAUCAGAUGACAUGAUCAAGAGUCCAAGCAGUCAAUCAAUGACAAGAAAUAUAAGCUCCAAUGAACUCAGUGACCAUCGUGGUAACACACAUUUUAUGAGGAAAAUACCGCCAGGAGCUGAGGCUAGUAACAUUCUAGUGGGCGAAGUUGAUUUUCUUGAAAAAAUCUUGUCAGGAUUUAUAAGAUUACAUUCGGCAGCCGUAAUGGGCGAUUUGACAGAAGUUCCAGUUCCAACAAGAUUUCUCUUCAUAUUACUCGGUCCACCGGGCAGCAAUAGUAAUUUCCAUGAAAUUGGUCGUGCCAUGGCAACCCUCAUGUCUGAUGAAAUAUUUCACGAAGUCGCAUACAGAGCACGCAAACGUGAUCAUCUAUUAGCUGGCAUAGAUGAAUUUCUCGACGCUGUUACAGUAUUACCACCCGGUGAAUGGGAUCCAACUAUACGUAUUGAACCACCUGCAGCAAUACCAUCACAAGAAGUACGAAAACGUCCGCCCGAAGCUCACAAAGAAGAAGUGGACGAAGAAGAGGAAGAACAACGUUUGCGUGAGGAAUCGGGUUUAUCCCGAACGGGACGGCUAUUUGGUGGUCUAAUAAAUGAUUUCAAAAGAAAAGCACCUUGGUAUUGGUCAGAUUUUACAGAUGCUCUGUCACUACAGUGCGUAGCAUCAUGGAUAUUUUUAUACUUUGCUUGUCUUUCACCGAUUAUAACUUUCGGUGGGUUGCUGGGUGAAGCUACUGGAAAAAAUAUGGCUGCUAUGGAGUCAUUAGUAUCGGGUUUUGUAUGUGGAAUGGGCUAUGGAUUUUUCUCGGGGCAACCGUUAACGAUAUUGGGAUCGACUGGUCCGGUAUUGGUUUUCGAAACGAUAGUUUAUGAUUUUUGUCAGAAUCAAGGAUGGGAUUAUAUGACUUUUCGGUUUUGGAUUGGUACAUGGAUAACACUAAUAUUACUGAUAUUAGUUGCCAUUGAUGCAAGUGCCCUGGUUUGCUAUAUUACAAGAUUUACGGAAGAAAACUUUGCGACCCUAAUUGCAUUUAUUUUUAUCUACAAGGCUGUCGAAAACGUUUUGGCGAUUGGGAAAAAGUUCCCAAUUCAUCCAACGGUGCCGUAUGACUGUGUUUGCACCCCACCUUUGGGUAGCAAUUCGACAAUCUUGGAAUGGGCCAAAUAUGACAAAGGCCAGUGUCUGGUUCGUAGUGGAACUCUUCUCGGAAUGGAUUGUGAUCAAACUGAAACAGCAAACGUUUUUCUGAUGUCAGUCAUUCUAUUCUGUGGAACAUUCGUGGUAUCAGUGAUUUUGAAGGACUUCAAGAACGCUCUAUUCUUCCCAUCAAAUGUUCGUCAAUUCAUUAGUGAUUUCUCUGUUAUCAUUGCUAUCUUUUCGAUGUCCUUCUUGGAUGGUUUUAUGAAUAUUCCAACACCAAAGUUAGAAGUCCCUCAUGAAUUUAAGCCAACUUUACAUGAACGAGGCUGGGUUAUUCCACUGUUCACCGCGAAAAAUCCACUUUGGUCACCAAUAAUUGCUGUAUUCCCAGCAAUGUUGGGAACUAUUUUGAUAUUUAUGGAUCAACAGAUAACAGCUGUUAUUAUAAAUCGCAAAGAAAAUAAACUAAAAAAAGGUUGUGGCUAUCACUUGGAUCUAUUUAUCUUAGCUAUAUUGAUACAGAUUUGUAGUCUAAUGGGAUUACCAUGGUUUGUUGCUGCAACAGUUUUAAGUAUAAAUCAUGUCAAUUCAUUGAAAAAAGAAUCAGAAUGUGCUGCCCCAGGAGAGAAACCACAAUUUUUGGGUGUUCGAGAGCAACGUGUUACUCAUAUUUUGAUAUUUUUAAUGAUUGGUGGAUCGGUUCUCUUGACGCCACUAUUGUCUCACAUUCCUAUGCCAGUGUUGUUUGGAGUUUUUCUGUAUAUGGGUGUGGCAUCUUUGAAAGGACUGCAAUUUUUCGACAGGAUAUUAAUUAUGCUAAUGCCAGUGAAGUACCAACCGGAUUAUAUGUUUUUGCGGCAGGUUCCAAUCAAAAGGGUUCACAUAUUCACGCUCAUUCAAUUGGCAUGCCUUAUUGUAUUGUGGCUUAUAAAAUCAUUCCAUCAGACAUCAAUAUUAUUCCCAUUGAUGCUUGUUGUAAUGAUUGGAAUAAGAAAAUCAUUGGAUCUCUUAUUUACACGACGUGAACUUAAAAUACUUGAUGAUAUAAUGCCAGAAAUGACAAAACGUGCCGCUGUCGAUGAUGAUCUACAUCAAUUGGAGGAUGGAACAGCCGAGGAUAUUGGCCACCAUCAUACAAAUGAUGGCUACUCCUCACGAACAAGUAACGUCCACAUACCUCUAGCAAAUGGAUGUUUAAUGCAGGUUCCAAUUAAUAUAACGGAUGAUGUCAAUAGAACAACAAUUUGGAAUCAAGUUAAUAAAGAUACAAACAAAUUGAGCUAUGGUGACAAUGGGGAAAACCAAUUAAUUAUACCAGUUACAUUAAAAGUUCGCAAAAUAAAUGGAAAUAAUUAUCACUCCAAUGAUAACAAAUUGAAAGGUAGAAAUAGCUCGAGCCCACCCAAUUCCCAUCAUCAUCAACGUUUAUCAACAAUGAAUGAAGAAGAAGAAACCAAUACAAAAUCAAGUUGCAAUGAUCUAAACAUUGUUAAAUGCAUGAAAGUUGAAGCUAAAGGUUCGAUUUCGGUCCAAGAGCAGGAUACAAAAAAUCAAAUAAAAUCAAAAUCCAGUGAAAAUACUCAAUUGUAAAUUUAAAAAAUAAAAUAUUAAAAAAAAAACAAGAUUGCAAAAGGCAAAAUUAACAAAAAAAAUAACAAAAAGAUUAAAUUUGUGAAAAGAAGAAAACAAAUACUUAAAAAUUUUAUAUGAAAAAUUCAAAAAGUCCAAAUUUUUACAUUUAUGCAUCUAAGAAGAUUCCACACUGAAAGUCAUGUCAAUUCUACAAAAAUUAUAAUUCUUUUAUAAAGUUUAUGCGAUUAAAUUG